UUAUAAUGUGUGUACCUAACUUACUCUGUGGUACACGUUUUAUACUGGUGUUUUUAUAAGAGGUGUUUUACUUUACCUUCAAAAAUAUCUUUAUUUACUUCACUAUACUUUUAUUACAUGACAUACAGACUUAUAUUAACUUAUAUCAUUAUUAUCAAAUAUCAUAAUGUUUUUCAAUAUUACUUAUUAGCAGCUUCGAGUGUAAUGAUAAGUUUUGCGACACCGUGUUGAUUUACUAAUGGAGCUUCAUUCAUUUCGUUAACGAGACGUGAAGGUGCUUGCUAGCGACUUCAUGUGCCUUCCACUGCAUUCACAAUGCAUGAACUGCUGAAACAUGUGUUGAACGAGAGAGACUUGACAAGGGCAGGUGAUAUCUUCUCUAUCCCGGAUUCUGAAAUAGUCAAUGACCUGAAUGAAGUGCUCAAGCAAAUAACAGAAAUAUCAUCCAGACCUGAUUAUUGUCGCAAUGACCGUGACCAAGCUCUUAUCGAGAUAUGCGUUACCAGAGUGACGUCAUGUGUGCGGGAGACAGGCACGCUGGAAAAGUACUGCGGAGCACUAGUGGCUCUGCUAGAGUCUUGCCUGCACCACAACUUGAUGCCACUGGGCCAUUUGAGAGAUGAUGAUCCACCACAUGCUAAAAUAGCAUCUGAUAUUAUCGCUUGCAUUAUCCUGGUGUCAUUCCCAGUGCAGGCUGACAAAGAGAGCAAUGGCAACAAGACAGUGAUGGAGCUCUUCUUGCCAGUCGCCGUACAGUUUCUGCACAAAGGCAACCGCGAGAUAUCUCGGGACAUGGCGCGCUAUCUGUCGCUCGCUGCUGUACACCAUGCGAACUUGUUGAAACCACACGUACAAACAAUUAUGGACUCCAUUAUGUCCGGCAACUAUCCUCUUUGUCGCAUAUUGACAAACCUCUACGAGGUCAGCCCGGAACCAUUGGAGGAGCACGCGAGCGCUCUCGUGUCCUUAUUGCCGCACGCUGAAAAAGUAGAGAAGACCUCCUUGUUUUCACUUUUUGAACAAAUAGCCGAACGAAAUCCUGACGCACUGAGAAGUUGUGUUCCCCAACUACUUUCAUAUUUGUGCCCUAGUGGGACGAGCCAGAACGAUCCUAGCUGCAUGUGCAUCGAAAUAUUACAGGUGAUGGUGGCGGUGUCGGCGCGGCGCGCGGGCGCGGUGUCGGCGCAGCGCGCGGCGCUGGCGGCGGCGGCGCGGCCGCCGCACGCAUCGCCGCGCGCCGUCGCACUCGUCGCCACCGCGCUCACGCAGCUCUCCUACUCCACCAAGGAGCUGGCGCAGGAGGCGCUGAACUUCGUGCUGGAGAGCGUGGCGGGCGGGCGCGCCAGCCAGGCGGCGCUGGUGCGCGAGGCCACGGCGCUGUGCAGCGCCUACCCCGCGCUCUUCUCCGACCGCCUGCUGGCCGCGCUGCGCCCGCACCACAGCGAAGUGAAUCGAACAUCAGGCGGGGUGACGAUCGUGAAGUUGGGCGGGUCGCAGCCGCCGCCGCCCGUGGCCGCGCCGCCGCCCGGCGGGCCGACCUACACGCGGCGCGCCAAGCUGGGCGACUCGCGCAGCACGGGCCGCCUGCACACCGGGCCCAACUCACACCGCAGCAUGACCAGGCUCAAUGUCGCAGGAGGAUCCGUCGGCGGUUUGCAUAAAAGUAUGACACGGUUGUCUUCGUCCCAACAAAUCAACACGCAGCAAAAUAUCAAUGCACACCCCAGUAACUCCGCAGCGGGCGGGCGUGCGGCGGGCGGCGGCCCCCGCUCGCGGCCGCCGGCGCCCGAGCCGCCGCCGCCGCCGCAGCGCGCCCACCACCACAACAUCGUCAUCGGGCCCGCCACCACCGCCACCGCCACCUCAGUGAACACCGGCCCAACAAUAAUCUCCGGUCCGGCUCCAUUGCAAUCGCAGUCUAUAUCCGUCAACCCGCUCACCGGGAAGUCUACUGACGCUCUCAGCUCCAUCACGGGCGUAUCCAUCCAGCACUCGAAUACCGCGCUCGGGCACGUGUCUGUUAUUAACUCGAAUGCUACCAGUGGGCCCGCCAUCCUGUCCACUAGUUGUGGCUCGGGGCCAAUUUCAGUGGGUGCGCCCCAAACGAGCCCAGUAUCGAUAUCUGGGCCGGUGACGGUGACGUCACGACGAGCCAACAACACCAGCGUGACUAUGAUCAACUCUAACUCGAACUCGAACCACAGGAUCAGCGUGUUCGAGCCGUACCCCAUGAGGGACACGGUGCAACAUUUCUGCGAGAAACACUUGGACAAGAUCAAGGCCUAUAUGGAUAAUGUUUCGUUAAAGUUGCCUCCGCCCGCCAAGUGCACCAUAGAGGAGCGGCGGUCGAAGAAGCAGGCGCGGCUGCAGUUCGCGUGCGGGCGGCGCGGGCCGCACUGCCUGUACGCGCGCGCGCCGUUCAGCGUGCGCACGCGCGCGCCGCGCGUCUGGAUCCACCUCAUGUUCCUGGCGCUGCAGGCGCGCCACGCCGCCGCGCUGUCCUCGCGCGACCCCAACGUCGCCUCGCUCAAGCACUGCUGGGAGAUCCUCAAGUGCGAGAACAAGACCUUCCUCACGCUCGUCACCAGCGCCUUCCCCGGCCCCAAGGAGCAGGAGAUGCUGCUGAACGAGCUGCGCGCGGCGGGGUUCUUCGACGUGUUCGAGCUGAGCGCGGCGGAGGGCGGCGGCGGCGGCGGCGGCGGCGGCGGCGCUGGCGGCGGCGCUGGCGGCGGCGGCGGGCAGCCGACGUGGGGCUGCUUCCUGUGCACGCGGCCCGAGCGCGCCGUGGACUUCCUGGACGCGGCCGGCGCGCCGCUCAUCGAGGGCCAGCUCAAGGAGAAGAAGGGCCGCUGGCGCCUGUUCCGCCGCUGGCGCACGCGCUACUUCACGCUGUCCGGCGCUCACCUCUCCUGCAAGGGCGCGAGUGGCGGAGAGAGCAUAGACAUAAACCAAAUCAGAUCGGUGAAGGUGUCCCGCGGCGCGCGCAAUAUCCCGAAGGCGUUCGAGAUCUUCACGGGGGACCAGACGCUGAUACUGAAGCCGAAGGACAGCAAGAACGCGGAGCAGUGGGCGCAGUGCCUGUCCAUCGCGGUCGCACACUCCCACGCCAAGGACGUUCCCGCCAAGGCCAACAGCCUGCCCGCGCGCGGCCUCACGCUCAAGAGCUUCUGAUCGCCUGCACGCCUCCCUAAUGGUUCGUACGCUACAACUGUCUGGGGACGACACAAUUUAGCCACACGACCGCUAGAGCCAACCGGUCAGGCCGGUCUCUCCGUAUAAAGCCGACUGACCAACUUGCCUAUUAAAAUGCCAUUUACGAGUAGGGACGCUACCCUGCCGCACGUGUGCCAAAUUGUAUUGUUCUUAGGCAGCUUCGGAUGAUAAGUGGUUUUUAUAUAUUUUAUAGUCUAAAUAUGAUGUACAAGUGAACCUAAUCGAACCUUUAAUGAUUAAUGCAUUGAACUGUUUUUUAAUUUUAUUAUUUUGACAUACUUCUAUUCCGUACUAUGCGGCUGUAUUGUUAAAAAGACGUAUAACUUCCAAUGAACUUAUUUGAAGUAUUAAGCAACUGGGAAUUCUAUCUGUUUAUAUUAUUAUAUAGUAUCUGUGUAUAUUAUUUGCACCUAGUGUUUGUACUCACACAUUUUUUUUUAAAGUCAUAUAAAACACACAUGCAAACCUAACAGUAACUACUUAUACAAUAAUUUUUUUUUAUUAUUAAUUAUAUUAAUAAAAAUUUAAUAUUAAUUAUACACCUAUUUAUAGUUUUUUUUUUUUUAUAUAAUUACACUGUAUUUGUAUAUAUUUAAAAAGUGUUUAUUUCAAAAGUAUUUAGUAUAAUAUUUAAAAAUGUAAUAUUCAUAAAAAAUAUAAAUUGUAUAAAACCUCUUUUAACUAUUGACUUUCUUUCAGAAGGCUUUAAUAGCUAAAACAGAGAUUUAGUAGUAGUUUACGUGUUUAUAACAAUAAGGAUUAUAUGUAAUGAGGUUACGAUCUACAUAGUACGGUGAUGAAGUAUCUAUAUUGCAUAAUAUAAUCAUAUAUGUAUGUAUGCCCGAAGUAAUAUAAACAUGAGACAAUUCCACUUAUGAGCUUACUUUAAGUGCCAAAGUAAACGACUGCCAAGCAUCGACUGGAACAUUGAGUAAUCAAUCUCAUACAACAGUUAUACAACUUUUAUAUUAGCCUCACACAUGUAUACACUGACAUACUUUUGAAAUAUCUUAUACGGCGUAUAUUUAGAAGAAAGUAGGUAUCUCGUUGAUACAAUUUAAAAUCUACGAGUAGUCAUUUAUAAGAACGGCGUAUUUACUUAAAUUAUUGCAAAAUAAACGCCAUUUGUUGCGUUUGAAAGUCUUUUUUUACUUGAGCGUAGGGAUUGUAGGUCUGGUGAUCGAUUAGGAUUUAUUUCAAGAUUCUUGCAUGGAUCUUUAUGACGCUGUUUGCAUAAACUAAAUAUCUGCUGUAGUGAGCUGACUAACAUAUAGGUAACUGGAACGGCCGUAAAUUUUAAAAUAACGACUGAGAUGAAGACUUGAUGAUGAAAUAUAUUGCAUUUAUAUUAGUAUGCUAGUCGUAGUCUGGGCUGUAGGAGAGCGUAUCCGGUUCCUUUGCCACAGUGGCAUAUAUAUCUAACAUUUAAAAGCAUUCACAACGAAGUGUUGCAACGUCGCAAUUAUCAGUCAAUUUUUUAAAACAAUCGAUUUUACAAUGUUUCUAAUUUAUUAUUUAAAAAAGUGCUCUGAUAGUGAACUAAAACUUUAAUCAUGCAAAAAUAUUUUUUUAGCUAUCAUUGAAAAUUUGGAUUUCAAUGGAAAAAGUAUUCGAAAAAUUCGGAGAUAAAAUAUGAAGUAGGUGUAGUUUUUCGUUGAAAAUUUAUAUACAAUGUAUUCUCUGAUUAAAGUUUUAUGUGACUAUUGACGCACUUGUCAAAUAGUCAAUCGAAAACAUUGAAAAUCGUUCAUUUGUUAUUGAAAAUUGACAGAUAGAUGCGACGUUGCCACAUUUUGGAAUGUAAAAGUUAUGAACGUUCUUAAAUAUUUUAAGUGAAUAAUUAAUUACCGGCACAGAUUGAAAAUCGAUCGAUUAUUGAACGAUUUAAAAUGCACUUUUUUUUUUAUAAUGAAAACAAAAGUAGAAUUUGAUGAGUGGACAGUUUAAUUGUUAAGAGAACUGGCCUAAAAUACUGUAGGAGGUGCGGUUACAAACCUAGUCCACUUCGAAAUAUCAAUUAUUAGAAUAUGAUUUCAUUUUUGAAAUAUCUAAUAAAUUGAUAUUAUAUCUUGGAAUCGGUUUUACGCUUGGUGUAGUGUGAUAUAAUUAGAGGACGCGGUGUAAUAUUUGAACAAUGCUCAUAAUAUUUGUCAAUGUGAUACAUCAUCGGUCACAUUCCAUAUAAUUUUAAGAACUAAAGUGUACAUUGGUUUAUUGUGCACUUGACUGUACUUAUAAUUUCAUCGGUCUUCAUUGCAUUAUGAAGUACUUCGCACUAGAGUUGUGAUAGGUUAACAACAUUUUAUAAUGGCCUUGACUCAUUUUGACUAUUUUUACCCAACUGGCCAAGAAUGGUGUGUAAUGUUUUUGGAUGUAAGUAUACAUCAAUUGCUUGUUUAUAAUAGGAUUAAUUACUUGUUUGUUUACAUUUUUUUUUAUUUUUAUGUCUGAAUCUUAGGUGCAAUAGUGUAGCUUAAGGCUUUAUGGAUUUUACUAAAUAGGUUAUUGCCAGAUUCACUGCUGUAAUAUACAAUGUUAGUAUAGAAUAAUUUAGGAGGCAUAAACUAUUGAAAAAGUCUGGGUUUUUUUUAUUAUUUUUGAAAAUAUUUGUAGUAUUAUGCGACAUGUUUUGUUCAAUUAUUAUGAGAUUACGCAAGUGCCUCGUUAUUAUUUUUAGUGAUACAAGUUUAAGCGGCGUUUAUUUAAAGUACAAUGAAAUUUUAUUAUGAUUUUAGAUUGCAUAGGUACUUAAUUUUUUUUUGUAUGUACGCAUUUUAUUUCGCUUUUCGAAACUUUUAUAUGAUUUUAAUUUUAUUGCUUAUUGAUAAACUGUGACCUUUUUUCACUAUAAUUUCACAUUUAUGAUGUAAAAUUAAAUUUAAUUAAAACUAAAUUUAAUUCAAUAUGUGUUAAAAUUUGUACUGGGUGGGGGGAGGGGAAUGUAACUGAACUGUACUGGUAUCAAUAUCAAUAGGAGCAUCCAGUAACUACAUGCGAGCACGUAGACGAGAAGAAUAGAGUUCGCUAAGCAAGCUCCCCUAUCUAUAUAUAUAUAUGCAAGAGCAUUGAAACUACUCAGUGAUGCUUUGAGCCAGUAUCCACAAUUGAACGUAUUUGUCUCCAACUUGCUGGAGUUUCGUCGUAUGACCACAGAGUGUUUGUGUUCAGAGAUUUAGGCUCUAAUGAUAUUUCUAGUUAAAUCUUUUUAAUAAUAUUUAUGUAUAUUUAUUUAUGUUUAUUAUUCCUUUGGGACGCUUCUGCUGCUUUCCUGGGUAAGCGUAUUGGGAGACUGUAAAGCUCAUCCAGUUGACGUAAUAAAUAAAUAAAUAAAACAUUUUAUAUAUAAAUGAUACAUUUGUACUGAUGUUUUUGCCUUGUGUUGGUUAGACAAUGUUAGAUUCAACAUAUUACCACAGUCUAAAGAACACAUUCCAGUUGUCCAAUAUACAUAUUUACUCAGAGUAAUGAGUCCCGAAUUGUCGUAAUAUUCUUUCGAGAUAUGACAAAUGCGUUGAACAACUGGUUGUUCUUUACACUGUUACAUCAUUAUAGAGAUUUUAUAAAGGGGUUUUAUUACACUAUCAUAUAUUAUUUAUAUAAUAUUUAACUUAUCAAGCUAGUGAUACAACUAAACUAUUUUUUUUUUGUUUCUUGUAUAGUUUUGGGAAUCAUCUAGUGAGGUCGCGUUUUAUUUUUGUUCUAUAAUUAUUGGUCUAAUAUGGGUGAUGUUAAAUUUGAUAGUGUAAUACGCCCCUAAUGCGCUAUUGAAGACUGAAAGCUGGUCAUUACUGCAUUAUACUCGUGUAUGGGAAGGCACCGCUGAUUUUAUUGUGACUCUAAAUUGACAUUCCCCUGCUGUGGAUAGUAUGUAUCUAAACUAUACGAUCUCAAAGAGAUUUGUUUACAUUGUACAAUUGCUGUAAGUUUGAAAUUAAUGCUUAAAGCAAUGCAGGAGGAUGAUUUUUUACUAUUAGAUAUAGAUGUACAAAACGUGUUUAGACUUGCCACUUGCAUAUUGCAAAGCACAAUGUAAUGAAAUUUAUUAUAAUGGGCAGAUACUAGAAUGUGAUAUGUCCUUUUUUUAAUUUUUUUUUAUAAUUUAAUUUUAAUACUAACUAGUUGACCUGGCGAACUUCGUACCGCCUAACGGUCUGAAAUAAUUUAUUCUGUAUUUUUUUUUACGUGAAUAUUUCUGACAUUUUAAUAGUUAUUCUAUUGCUAUUUGGGGCGGAGAUGAAUCCAACAAAUCAUAGAUUAUCAAAAUCUGUCCAGCCGUUCUGGAGUUUUUAAUAGUGUUAGUUACACCUGACUUUUUUUUUAUUUAUAUACAUUAUAUUUUUAAAUGAGUUCACUAUAUGGGAUAUGGACAUAGCAUGUUAUAUACUAGAUAUUGUAAUUUACAGAAAAUCUAUACUUAUUCAUAAAGUAAGACCCCCUUGGAUUAAAAAAAAAAAACUAAAUUCAUAUUAUUAUCAUGAGUGUUCCAAUUAUAAAUGUCAACAAAUUUUACUAUACGUUAAAUAUAGUUUUUCCCCCCAAGGGAUCCUAUUUGAAAUAAACUUUUUGUGAAAUAUUACGAUAUAAUGUUAAAUUGAAAAAUUAUAUGUUAGAAUCUGACUAGAUAUAACAUAUAGAAUAUUUUAGAAUGCAUUUUUAUAGAAAAUCAAAUAUACAAAUUUUUUAUAAAAUUAACACCAUUGGCUCAUAGUUGAUUGAAGUAGAAAUAUUCCGCUACUGAAUCAUCCUUAUUAUUUCCUCACCAAAUAUUAAGUGUUCAUAUAAGUUAUUUUUAUAAUUUAAUAAGUGUUUGUCCAUAGAGAACUAGAUUCCCAUUUGUUUAUAAUCAUUGGCGCGUGCAAGUAUCAUUAUAUACAUUUUAUGUAGGUGCUUCAAAUAACGUAUUGUUUUAUAUUAACUGUAUAUUUCUUAGCGUUUAAGUUUACCCCUGGGUAGUAAAGCGAGUGAGUUUCAUCCGUCCUUCAAAUAAUGCCCAUUGUUGUAUAUAGUAUUUAUUAUUUAACAUAUUGGUAUAUCAUUAUUGUCUAUAAAUACGAUCAAAACAAAUUUCUUUUAUCAAAAUUAUUUGAAUCAUAUUCUUAUGGUUUUAUUAUAUUUAGCAAAGCGGAGUUCUCGCUAUGAAAUAGUCUAUCUACUAUAUGACAACAGAUAGUUGCCAAAAAUGCAUUGUAUCGUCAAAAAUGGCGACGCAUUUCAUUAUCCUGCUUUCGCCGUCAAUGUAUGUUAUUGAGUAUGAAUAAUUAACCCUUUGCACUCCAGCCUAGCAACUCAUAGAGGACGCCAAGAACUCCAGCACUAUAUUAGUUACGAGUACAUACCUGUGAUGUAAAAGAAAAAUGAGCAAUAAAACAUUUAUUUCUUAGCUAUUUUAUAAAGAGCGCAGGGUCUGUAAAACAACUGUGUCGCCGUAGACGCGACAGUGGAUUUAAUGUUAGCAUUUCAAUGUCGCAAAUACGAUGAAAACGGAGUGCAAAGAGUUGAAGAAGAUUGUGAUAUGGUCACAGUUAAGCAUUGUGUACCAUUGUAUAUUAUGUUUUAAGUAGGGGGUAUAUAUCACCAUUUCACAUUACAGUAGGUACAUUUUGCGUCCACCAUGAUUGGGUAGCAAUAAACUGCUUGUUAUGCGAGAACCAUAGAGCUGACUAAACAUUUUUUUUUUGGGAAAAUCUUCAAUAAACUGUGUUAUCGUUCGAGGGUUAUUACUCUAUAAUAAUAUUUAAAUAAAUCUAUCAAUUCACUAAGAUAUUAUAAUGUUUUGUAGUGCAAUAAAGGUGCAUUUUGUGUCCACCAUGAUUGGGUGGCAAUAAACUGCUUGCUAUUUGAGAACCAUAGAGCUGACUAAACAUUUUUUUUUUUUGGGAAAAUCUUCAAUAAACUGUGUUAUCGUUCGAGGGUUAUUACUCUAUAAUAAUAUUUAAAUAAAUCUAUCAAUUCACUAAGAUAUUAUAAUGUUUUGUAGUGCAAUAAAGGUGCAUUUUGUGUCCACCAUGAUUGGGUGGCAAUAAACUGCUUGCUAUUUGAGAACCAUAGAGCUGACUAAACAUUUUUUUUUUGGGAAAAUCUUCAAUAAACUGUGUUAUCGUUCGAGGGUUAUUACUCUAUAAUAAUAUUUAAAUAAAUCUAUCAAUUCACUAAGAUAUUAUAAUGUUUUGUAGUGCAAUAAAGGUGCAUUUUGUGUCCACCAUGAUUGGGUGGCAAUAAACUGCUUGCUAUUUGAGAACCAUAGAGCUGACUAAACAUUUUUUUUUCUUGGCAAAAUAUUCAAUAAAUUAUGUUAUCGUUUAAGGGUUAUUACUCUAUAAUAAUGUAUAAAUAAAUCUAUCAGUUCACUAAGAUAUUAUAAUGUUUUGUAGUACAAUAAUAAUCUAUUAAGAUAUAUUUUGUUUGCAUUCUGCUUUAAACAUGGUCAUAUUUAACAGUGUAAUAACUUCAUCAAGCGGACAUUAUGUAUACAUUUAUAAUUAUAUAUAAUACACAUGAAGUAGGGCGAUGAUAUUACUAAAUUGCGUAGUGUAUGAAAGACUACAGUGGGACGAGAUAAAGUCACUUGACUGUAACAUUUCCCCAGUGUUGUCCAGUUGUAUGAGAGAUGUAUGGAAUAAUUGGAUAAUUAACCCAGUUUUGUGACUUAAGAUUUAUUUUUAAUGUAUGUUUUAUAAAUAUGUUAUAUCAAUUGGAAUUAGGUGCUUAUUACACUAUGAAAUAUAUAGGAAUACCUGCUACUUGAAUUAAAGAAAAAUUAUAUAUCUCUUGCUCUUUAUGAUUGAGAUAUACUACCUGUAUCACGUGGCUCUGACCACGUGAAUUAAUACAUAAUAAUAAUAAUAAUAAAUUUAUUUCUUUAUACAAAGGUAGUUAGUUACAUUACAGGGUUUGGUAUCUCCUGUUAAGCAAAGAUUGCUUGUGUUAGGAGACACCGCUCUUUCAUAACAAUGAUUAAAUUUCAUAAUAAUUACAAUUUACUUUUCUUUUUUUUUUUUUUAAUCAGCAUUAAAAAUUUUACUUUGUUUUACAUAAGGUCCUAAGUUACGAUAUAACCUAUCCAUGUAUCAAAUUUCAUUCAAAACUGUUCAAUAGUUUUUGCGUGAAAGAGUCACAAACGUUCAUCUAUCCCUAUUUACAAACUUUCGUAUUUAUUAAUAGGGUUAAUACAUAUAUUUGAUAGUGUAAUAAGUCUCGUAUCUACUUAUUUGUUUAGUACUUUGCUUAUAAGAUGUCGGAUAUUAGAAUUUUCAUGUAUUUUUGUUUAAAAGUUAGGUUCUUGAAAAUAAGAGGCAUUGAUUAUAGUAGAUACUUUGAUGUUUAUUGGUAGUGCACUAAACGUUUUCUAUUCACGGAUAGAUGCACGUGAAACCAAUUUCUAAUUUGGUAACAGCCAACAUCAUAACAAAUAAUAAUUUUGAAGUAAAAUAUAACAAUCUAAUGCUUUUAACCAAAUUUGAAAUGAAACAUACUCGAUGUUUAUUAUAAAUAUGCCAUUGUACAGAUAGAAUGAUAUUUAUAAAAUGUUGAUUAAGUUUAAGUAUAGCUUUAGCUUCAGAAAACUUAUGAAUUUGGUGCUACAUAACAAAUACUGUCUGUAAUUCAUUUGUGCUUCCAUAUAAUAUUGUGAUAUGUAACAUCACUUUAAAUUAUAUUAAUUAUAUAUACACUUUUGGCACCCGGUACUUAAAAUUGCUUUAUUUAUUGUUUAAUAAAUAGUUCUGUUGAUAAA